AUAAAAAAGAUUGACAAAAACAAUAGGAUCUUGUCGUCAUUAAGACUUCAGUCUGUCAGUGAAGUGGGAGAUAAGUCCAUGGAGGAAAAAGAUCCUAUUAGUCAUGACCACGGUAGUGCAAGUUCAGGUGAUGUCAAAAAAGUCAUAGAUCUCUAUAAUCAGGGAAAAGAAGCCAUAGAGUACCACAACCUACAUCUUAAAAUAGCUAAAGAAGUAGGAGACAAGCAUGGGGAGGGUAACGCUUAUGGCAAUCUUGGCAAUGCUUAUCACAGUCUGGGUGAUUUCAAAAAAGCCAUAGAGUACCACAACCUACAUCUUAAAAUAGCUAAAGAAGUAGGAGACAAGCAUGGGGAGGGUAACGCUUAUGGCAAUCUUGGCAAUGCUUAUCACAGUCUGGGUGAUUUCAAAAAAGCCAUAGAGUACCACAACCUACAUCUUAAAAUAGCUAAAGAAGUAGGAGACAAGCAUGGGGAGGGUAACGCUUAUGGCAAUCUUGGCAAUGCUUAUUACCGUCUGGGUGAUUUAAAAAAAGCCAUAGAGUAUCACAACCUACAUCUUAAAAUAGCUAAAGAAGUAGGAGACAAGUAUGGGGAGGGUAACGCUUAUGGCAGUCUUGGCAAUGCUUAUUUUAGUCUGGGUGAUUUCAAAAAAGCCAUAGAGUACCACAACCUAGGUCUUAAAAUAGCUAAAGAAGUAGGAGACAAGCAUGGGGAGGGUGGUGCUUAUGGCAAUCUUGGCAAUGCUUAUCACCGUCUGGGUGAUUUCAAAAAAGCCAUAGAGUACCACAACCUAAUUCUUAAAAUAGCUAAAGAAGUAGGAGACAAGCAUGGGGAGGGUAACGCUUAUGGCAAUCUUGGCAAUGCUUAUCACCGUCUGGGUGAUUUAAAAAAAGCCAUAGAGUAUCACAACCUACAUCUUAAAAUAGCUCAAGAAGUAGGAGACAAGUAUGGGGAGGGUAACGCUUAUGGCAGUCUUGGCAAUGCUUAUUUUAGUCUGGGUGAUUUCAAAAAAGCCAUAGAGUACCACAACCUACAUCUUAAAAUAGCUAAAGAAGUAGGAGACAAGCAUGGGGAGGGUAACGCUUAUGGCAAUCUUGGCAAUGCUUAUUACCGUCUGGGUGAUUUAAAAAAAGCCAUAGAGUAUCACAACCUACAUCUUAAAAUAGCUCAAGAAGUAGGAGACAAGUAUGGGGAGGGUAACGCUUAUGGCAGUCUUGGCAAUGCUUAUUUUAGUCUGGGUGAUUUCAAAAAAGCCAUAGAGUACCACAACCUACAUCUUAAAAUAGCUAAAGAAGUAGGAGACAAGCAUGGGGAGGGUGGUGCUUAUGGCAAUCUUGGCAAUGCUUAUCACCGUCUGGGUGAUUUCAAAAAAGCCAUAGAGUACCACAACCUACAUCUUAAAAUAGCUAAAGAAGUAGGAGACAAGCAUGGGGAGGGUGGUGCUUAUGGCAAUCUUGGCAAUGCUUAUCACCGUCUGGGUGAUUUAAAAAAAGCCAUAGAGUACCACAACCUAAUUCUUAAAAUAGCUAAAGAAGUAGGAGACAAGCAUGGGGAGGGUAACGCUUAUGGCAAUCUUGGCAAUGCUUAUCUUAGUCUGGGUGAUUUUAAAAAAGCUAUAGAGUACCACAACCUAGGUCUUAAAAUAGCUAAAGAAGUUGGAGACAAGCAUGGGGAGGGUGCUACUUAUGGCAAUCUUGGCAAUGCUUAUGACCGUCUGGGUGAUUUCAAAAAAGCCAUAGAGUACCACAACCUAAUUCUUAAAAUAGCUAAAGAAGUAGGAGACAAGCAUUGGGAGGGUAACGCUUAUGGCAAUCUUGGCAAUGCUUAUCUUAGUCUGGGUGAUUUCAAAAAAGCCAUAGAGUACCACAACCUACAUCUUAAAAUAGCUAAAGAAGUAGGAGACAAGCAUGGGGAGGGUGGUGCUUAUGGCAAUCUUGGCAAUGCUUAUCUUAGUCUGGGUGAUUUCAAAAAAGCCAUAGAGUACCACAACCUACAUCUUUUAAUAGCUAAAGAAGUAGGAGACAAAUCCUCGGAGGCAAUGGCCUACUGUUCACUAGGAUUGGUUUUUGAGUUACAAGGUAGACUGCCAAAAGCCGUUGAACAUUACCAAGCUAGCAUAAACUUAUUCAAUUCCUUGAGAGUACUUCUAAUAUCUAAAGAUGAGUGGAAAGUUAAUUUUCGAAAUCAGCACCAAGUGGCGUAUACGGGUUUGUGGAGAGUUCUCCUAGAACAAGGUAAUGUAGAUGAAGCCUUAUUUGUUGCUGAGAAAGGACGGGCUCAAGCUCUGACCGACCUCAUGGAAUCCAGUUAUCGUGGUGGAACAAGUCACCAAGAGGGAGAAGAUGAAGAUUGCGCAGUUUUAAAAAACGUUCCAUCAAACACUGUCUUUCAGGCAGUGGACAAAGCUAACGUCAAUCUUUGGGUUGUGUCCGAAGGAAAACAAGUUCAGUUAAGACAAAGUAAACUGAAAGGUUUUGUUUCAGAGAAUAGUGGAUCCAGCCUGUCCUUUGAGUCGUUCAUGCUCGGUGUCUAUACACAACUUGGUGUUCGUUCUAAUGUGAGAUGCGAGAACCGAUCUUUAGAUGCUUUGAGGGAGGGCCGUUCAAAAGUGGAUGAGAAGACCAAAGAAGCCAAGCCUCAACCUCACAUCCAACGAGACGGAUGCUUGAGCACUUUGUAUGAUAUCGUUAUGAAGCCGGUGGCGGACUUGAUUGAAGGGGAUGAGCUACUCAUUAUUCCUGAUGGACCCCUAUGGAUCGCUCCUUACGCUGCAUUGAAGGAUGGCAAUUCUAAAUACCUGUGUGAAUCGUUCACAAUUCGAGUCGCUCCAUCGUUAGCAAGUCUUAGACUCAUUGCCGAUUGCCCAGAUGAUUAUCACAAAAGCAGUGGUGCGUUACUUGUAGGAGAUCCGUGGGUAUCUGAGGUUACUAACAGCGAGGGAAAGAAAGUCUUCGAGCAGCUUGAGUAUGCUAAAAAAGAAGUAGAAAUGAUCGGAAAAAUUCUGAAUAUCACGCCAAUCACUGGCAGUCAGGCCACGAAACGUGAGGUGUUGAAAAGACUCAGUUCCGUUUCCCUAGUUCACUUUGCGGCACACGGAUGUAUGGAAACUGGCGAAAUUGCUCUUACACCUGACCCAGACCGAAUAUCUACUGUGCCAACUGAGGAGGAUUACAUUUUAACAAUUGGAGAUGUGUUGAAUGCUCAACUUCGGGCCAAACUUGUUGUGCUUAGUUGCUGCCACAGCGGCCGGGGCGAGAUCAAGGCUGAAGGUGUGGUUGGCAUUGCGCGCGCUUUUAUGGGGGCUGGUGCUCGGUCUAUUGUGGCUUCCCUGUGGGCGAUUGAUGACGAGGCUACUCUUGAGUUCAUGAAACACUUUUAUCAACAACUUGCAGGAGGUAAACCAGCAAGCGAGUCACUGAACCUGGCCAUGAAAAGCCUCAGAGAAUCAGACACGUUCUGCGACAUCAAAUACUGGGCGCCCUUUUUGCUGAUUGGAGAUGACGUCACUCUUGACUUCAUGGCAAAGGAA